AUGCCGGAUCCGCCCGGCGCCGAUGCGCCCCCGCCCGAGGACCUAUUGGGUGGUAAUGGCGCGAGUGAUUCAUCACUCAACACGCAAACGCGUGAAGCGGUCACUGGAGGAACCGCGAAUUCUCCAGCUUGGUCGCCCGAGGCAACUCAGGUCCGGUUGGACCAUGAGAAGCUGAUGAAGAAGACCUUCCAAGUGCUCGGGAUUGUUCCCUCCAGCAAGUCGACCCGCCGACUGAUGGUCCUGAUGCACGACGCCUCGACCCCGCCUUCGCAGGCGCCAGCGCUCGCACGAGCCGCCCAAAGAGCGGUGCGAAACGACGCAGCCCCGGCCUCCAAUGUGAUUCGAGUCAUUAUGGAUGGUCCUGGAUCACCCAGAGGUCCUGUACAGACCGCGCUGCGCAAGCACUUUGGAUUGGCCGAGACGCCGUUCAUGUUCGCGCGGCCCGAGGGCGUCGUGCUUGACCCCGAGGUCGAGAAGCUUUUCUCGAAAUGCGUGAAGCUGAACCCGAUUGUGACGAAAGCCACGAAGAGGUUCCCGAUCGCUCGUCACAUGUACGAGCUUGUAUUCGAAUCCGAGCAAGCUUGUCUUGAAGCCGCUUCAGUGGGCCCAUUCCCCUACCACGGCAAGGAGAUGGUUACCGAGCUCCCCAGCGCCUCUCCCCUUAACCACGUCGUGCAGGUGCGAUUCACCUUGCCCUCCUCCUCCAGCGCGAUCCCCGCUUCCGUGCUCCGAAAAUCUCUCGAUGAUGCUAUCACCCUUUCGUUCGGCCGCGCAGGUCGCACGCAAGGUUAUACCCUGAUGCAAUUACAGCGGGGCCUCGCGGUCGAUCCGAAUGGCGAUCCGAUGGCCAUGACCGAAGACGGGUUCCACUGCGCGUACCUUCGCUUACAUGCUGAUCUUUUCCAAGGCUCCAUCGAGACGCAGAAGGGUGCGCUCAACGCCGCUUUGCCACAAGAGAUCGAGAUCCUGGGCGCCAAGUACGGCUUGCGACACGAAUUCGAAACGCACUACUGCGCGGUGUGCGAUCGCGCCGGACACCAGUGGGGCGCUUGCAGGAAGCCGGUUUCGACUCCGGCCACCGCCGCCCCUGUUCCGGGGGCCUCGACCUCGACUUCGACUUCGACCACCGGCUUCCGAGUUGCUGGAAAGAAUGGGAAGCACGGUGGGCCUGCCGCAUUGAACUCUCGUGUCUCUGGCGCGAACAUGAUCCAGCUGGGACCUCGUGCUAACCCCGCAGGUGCAGUAACCGCCAACAAGGACGACGCGAACGACGGCGACGACGAGUCGAUCGUUUCGACCGAACCGGAGGGCGGCGACACUGGGGAAGAGACGACGACGGCGGCGCCCGUUUCGACCCCGACCUCUCCUUCGCCUUUGUCCGGUGGCACUUCGGGAUCAUCGGCAACCUCGACAACCUCGAUAGCCUCGACGAGUCCUCGACGCCUUCGUUCGAGCUCGGCACCCGGCAACCGACGUGUCACCCGGGCAGGAUCCGCCAUGAUCCUCGGUGCAUCAGGGGGUGAUGGCUCAGGGGGCAACAGUUCAGGGGGUCACAGGUCCGAGGUGACCGAAUUCGAGGGGGGCGGCGCCGAACUGAUUUAAUCAUGAUUGAGUCACUCACCGUGUUGACGUUCAACGUCCGAUCGAUGAAGAACGCAGUCAACCAAGUCAAAAUCAUCCGUUAUCUCAAAACCCUUCGGCCGGCCCCUGCGGCCAUCCUCCUGCAAGAGCACCACCUCAGCUACAACGCGUCGCGCGAAGGCUUCGAGAGUGCUUGGCCGGGGGCUUGUAUUCGUUUCACUCCUCAUGUCCUUACCCUCAUACCCGAUGGCUCACCUUUGGCGGGCCAUCUCCUUUCCUCUACCCCGGUCGUCUUUGCAGGAGCUCCUCGUUUCGACGGUCGGAUUCUGCGCUCGGUGUUUCGUCUUGAGGAGCUCGAUGUCGAGAUCAUCAACAUGUACGCGCCGGUGCAGGAGGACGAUCGUCGCGACUUUUUCGGGCUUCUGCACUUCAACGCCCCGAGACCCAAGACUCUUCGGAUCUUGGCCGGCGAUCUCAACGAUUGUCCGGAUGUAUCGGUCGACCGAGUGUCCAUCACCGAUCGCGCUUGGACUCCUGUAUCGCACUGGCAGACCUUGCUGUCAAAGAUCGCGUUCAAGGCACUCGACACGGUCCGACAUGUCCAUCCUUGCACCCCUGCAUUCACUCGUCCUCACUACCGUGGUAGAGGGGAAGAGCGAAAGAUUUGCUCGUGGUCGCGGAUCGACUAUAUUCUUGUCCAAUGCAGUUGGGCGAACCGGUUGUUGAGCGCUUCUACGCUCUUCGAUGCGCCCUGUUCGGACCACAGACCUGUAGUUGCGACUUUCGCUUUGCCUACAUCGAACGCUGAUGCCGAACCCCCCCUUUCUCUUCCCUCCACGAGCGAUUUCAUUUCGAGGCUCAACCCAAUGGUCUUUGACGAUCAAGACUUUGUCGCAUCGAUUCCCGGGGUCGUCGACGAGGUCUAUCAAAGGCUCGAGGGGACCGCUCCGCUCGGCGACGUCUAUGACGCCGCUCUGCGGGCGGUUGCAGUCGCUGGCCAUGCACGAUACCGCUCGACUCGUGCCGACAUGCGCCGACUGCGGGCCGAGAGCCAAUCCGUCAUGGAGGCUUUGGAGGCACGCGGUGAGCACAUGAAUGAGGCCGAGCGCGAUGUGUAUGCUCUUGCCAAGUCGCGGUUGGACCAGUUGGCGGUAAAGGAGGCUCAGUGGCUGCGCAUUCGUGCGCAUGUGCCGUCAGUCGACUCGAGGGAAGGUCAAUCGGCAAGCAUUCGCACGCGCCUCAACCGCCGGAGUCGCCAGACGAGCAUCGUCUCGCUGGAGGAUGUGGAUGGCACCGAGACCGUUGACAUGCAGGAGGCGCUGGGUAUUGCUUCACGGCACGCGCAGUCGCUCUUCACGCCGGACCCAGCUCGUGGCGACCCGACGAACGCACGCCGGUCCCUGCUCGACCCUAUUCGCGCAGCGAAAUGCUACGAUGACGACCGCUCGGACCCUACGUUCGGUCGUCGGCUGCCUCGUCAAGCGAGAGUGGCGCUUGACGAGCCCUUCACCCUCCUCGAGGUUGAAGCGGCGUUGAAGAAGACGGAUUCGGGGCGAUCACCGGGGCCCUCGGGCAUUCCGUACGAGCUCUUCAAGGCGCUGCCAACCUACUUUGCUCCCAAGCUGUUGGACUUGUUCAACUCGAUUUGGGAGGGCGGCAAAAUGACGGCGUCCUUGGCAGAGGGGCUGGUGCGGCUCUUGCCCAAGAAGAAACCGGGGGCCAAUCUGAAAUCACUGGGGGCAUACCGACCGAUCACAUUGCGCGAGACGACCUACAAGGUCCUCAGCAAGGUCUUGGUGGCGCGACUCAAUGGGGUGCUCGGCGAGCUUUUACCGCCGGCGCAACACGGUUUCAUGCCAUCAAGACGUUCAGCGGACGCGGGAAGUCAUCUCACUCUCCUUCUCGAAAAACUCAAGUCGCUAGGCACUGAUGUUUUCCCCGAGGGCGCCCUCUUGUCUUUGGAUCAGCAGAGCGCGUACGAUCGGGUCGAUCACGCCUGGAUCUUCGAGGUCUUUGAGGCCUUUGGGUUCGGUGAGCGUUUCAUCUCGCUGCUGCGCGCUCUCUACGAUCCCGAGACUCUGGGGGUGCGCUACCUUGUCAAUGGGUUCCCCACGGACUUGGUGCGGUUGCUGUGUGGUCUCGGUCAGGGGGAUCCCCUCUCGUGCCCGGUUUGGAACAUCACGUUCCAGCCCUUCCUCGACGCCCUCGUUCGGCGCGGGAUCGCGCUCGACCUGCAGAAGGUGUGGCCAGGGGGGCCGCGUGCGCAGCUUACGCAUCUGGCGUUUGCCGACGAUGCUGUGGUGGUGGUGGAGUCACCGGCGGCAUUGUCGAAGCUGCAAACGCUGUCGCAGACGUGGUACGAGGCUACCAACGGGAAGACCAACACGGACAAGACGCUGGUGCUACCACUCGGACCGAACUGGCUUCGGGACGAGACUGCGCAGGCGCUGCCAACGGUGCAGGAGGGGGAGAGCUUCAAGUGGUGCGGCUAUGCCUUCUUUCGCCACGGUGACUCGAAACUGUUUUGGACCCAUGUUCUUGACAGGAUCAAGGCCAAGGCCCGCACCGCUCGAGACCGGACACUUUCGCCGAGUGGGAAGGUUUUCUAUGCCAACGCUCACAUCAUCUCGACGGUCCUCCACGUGCUGUCCUUCGACAUACCGCCUCAAUGGUUCAUUAAGGCGGCGGAGACGGCACUUACGGACUUUGUCUGGGGAGAAGCAGGGCGAAAUACCGUCGCUCGCGAUUUCGUGUUCCAGGCUCGGGAGGACGGUGGCUUGGGUUUGAUUUCGAUUGGCGACAUCGUUCAUUCGGUGGCGCUUCGAUUUUGGGAUGCUGUGGCGGGCUCGGACGAGGCGAUCUGGGCGCCCCUAGCUCGCGAGAGCUGGAGGUCCCUCGUCGCUGCGACCCGCGAUUUCAGUCCGUGGGGGUUCUUCAGCAGCACGGCUCGGGUCGAGAAGCUGUAUCGCGACUCGACGCGCUGGGGGGCAGUCGUUGCAGCGGCCAGGGUUACAGUUCCAACCAUCAAGUCCGAACUCCUUACGCUUCCCGAAUUGCUCUCGCUUCCGCCUCGCCUCCCUUCACUCUAUGCUGAAGGUGCCCAGCACGCAUAUGACGAUGCGGACGCGGUGGCGAAGUUUGCGCAGAUCGCGGACCUGUACUGGAGGGACGAAGGGAAGGGAUGGGCUCUGGUUGGUCAUCGACGCGGGUUCUGGCAGCACUCUAAGGAACCCGCCCUACAGCACGAGCACGUGUGGUCGCGCGUGGGUCAGUUGCUCAAGGCGAAAGCGUUGCUGCCCAAGACCGCGUUGCGACCUGCUCGGAUACCUCUCAAGGAGGCUCCCCGUCCUCGGUGCUUCAACUUCUUUGGGCUCUCCCGACCUUUUACGAUUCGCAAGCUUCGUCGGCUUGUGAACAAGGUGCGGUUCCCAGGGAGGGAGGACCGUGUCAAGCGUUUCCCUGAUGGGACUUCUCAGAGCGAUAGGAAGCGCUUCUGGAGAUGGCUUCAUGACCGGUUCGCGUCUGCUGUCGAGCAGGACACCCACUGGCGGCUCAUGUACGACGUGACGCCGACGCGCAAGAGGCAGCAUACUCAGGGUCAUGCCUCUUCGCCGACGUGUCUGUUCUGCGGCAACGAUGCAGCGGUCAUCGAGACGGUGUCCCACUACUUUUUCGAGUGCGCGUACUCGACCAGCUUCUGGGGUGGGGUGCUACGCAUUCUGCUUGACAAGCUCGGCAUCGAGGAUACCGACGUCGAUCCGUCGACGUUCACUCCGGAGCAGCUGACUAUGGGGCUCCCCCUUUUGCGGGGUCGUGGGAGAACGACCUCGAAAUGGAUGUGGGUUCGGCUGGCCUGCGCGAUCGGCUUCCAGCGGCUGCACCUGCUCCGCUGGCGCGUUCAUCAGCGGUUCGAGCUGGACAACGUCGUGGCCCCUCCCUCGCUUCCCAGUGCGCUCAGAGCGUUCGAGCGAGAUUUUCUCUCUCGAGCGGGUUUUGUGCCUGGGGUUCGAGAUUGGGAGGUGUGAUGACCGAGUUAAGUCCUUCCUUCCCAUUUUCCUCCCCUCCUUUCCCCCCUUCCUUUUCGGUCAGAAGCUGACUGUCUUGAAACUUGUUGCGCAGUGGAAGGCUGCGCACCUCUCCCUCUCUCUACUUUGCGCAGUAGCGAUUUUCGUUCUUGGAUGGAUCGGCAAGCCGGGUCGAUCGUCGUUGCGUUGGAGGCUUUGUGAAGUUCUCCCCUCUCUUUCCCCUUUCUCCCUUCCCUUCCUCUUCUCGUUCCUGUUGCUCGGUUGUUGACUACGCUUCAGCCACUUCUCCUUUUAUUCCUAAGCCGUGUGUUGGAUUCCGUCGAAUAGAUCGUUCGUUCGCGUUGGUCAAGAUCUACGGCAUGGAUCGGGAAGAAAGGUCGCUUGUUUUUUUGGUCAAUAUCCUCGCGUCAAGGCGAGGCUUGUUUCGUUGUAUUGGAUCGUUUUCGCUCGGCCCCGACGGCUCAACAGCCAGCACUCGAGACUCAGCCAAGGGAGGACAUCAGGCGCUGUCGGGGUGACGAGUAGCUGGGGCUUGGCUGCGGCCUGUCAGUCCCUGGGGACCUCUAGCUCUGGCUUCGACCCCCUCCCUUGGCCCCUCGGGUGUGUUCCCCUCCUCCUCCCCUCCUCUCUGUCUUAGUAUUCCUGGUUCUCCGUGUUUCCGGUCGUGAAUUUUUGUAUAUUCUCCCCCUUUCUUUCUCUAGGCGCUCUUGCCUGGUUUUCGAGUAUCUUCGCUCCCGCUCUUGGGACGUGAAGCGGCAGCAGUACUCACCGCCCGUUGGAGUCCGCGUUAGGUGCUCGGCGGGUUUUGAUCUGCGCAGCGCUCUUUGCGCGCAGGGGUUUGACUUUCACCCAAUUGCUUGCCGUCGUUGCUUUAUAACCUCUUUUAGCUCUUUUUGUAGCGGUCCCAGCCAACCCGAAGGAUUGCAAUUUAUGAGCCCCAGUAAUAAAAAAAAAAAUCUCUCAUGGCCUCCCCAAGCUCAAGGCCAAGCUCAGCGCACAGGAAGGCGCGGGCAGGACGAUCGAGAUCUUCACGGGGAUGGUUUUGGAGAUGAUCAGCAGUGGGAGAUGGAGGAUGCAGAAGCACGGGACGAGGAUGGAAAGCGUGGAGAGGAGGAGGGUGGUACUGGAGGAGAGGAUGAAGUUGAGGGCGGGAGGAGCAAGAGGCAGGCGAGGGCAGUAG